AUGGUGCAUUUCCACAGCUACAUUUCUGUCAUUGGGGUUAUGGGAGAAGCAGCGCCCAAUGUGCCGAUUUGCCAUGACCUGCAUCGACGAAGAGCGUCUUACGAACAGACCGCACCAGGUCCACGAUCACUUCCAUCGUUGCCCGAUCUCGUCUCGACAUGCUUAGUCCAUUGUCACACUCUGCGUCGACGCAAAAGAUACAUAUCCUUUCUCCUCGACAUCCUACUUAUGUCGGACCCCUCGAACGAGGUGAUGGAGAAGGACCGCAAAGUUGUCGACGAGGUCUCGGGUCCCGGUGCCGUUGCGAACAAGGUUGAUGACCGCAGGGACGCUCCAGCUGGGCAGGAGAGAAAGAAAGGGGCCGCCAGCGCCAGUAACCCGGCCUCGCAACACGGUGGUACCUCCCUCGUCUCCGAGCCCAAAGCAGACACUCCAGCUCCCAGCAUGACCCAAAAGAAGCUUGUCAAAAUGCAGAACAAACUCCUCAAACCAGCACACGACGACGGAGAGUUCGAAGACAUCGAUCUAGGAGACAGUGAGCAAGAAAUCAACAUAAACGAAUGGGAGAGAUUGCGAAAGAUCAAGCUUUCUUCUAUUCGUGCUUUUUGUGAGCUAGAAACUCCAGAAUACCAAAAAGACAUUUGA